AUGGCUGCGGACGCUGCAGGCAGCGUCGAGUCAAGCAUGCAGGGUCCCCUAUGCGAAAACUGUCGACGUCGCGGCGAGAACUGUGAUUUGGUAUGGCGCUUUGCGGACGCCACCUCUUUUAGAAUAUAUUCUGUUGCGUGUCCAUCGAGGUGGAACGACCUAGGGCUGUUAAGCUACUUUGCAGACGUAACAUCCACUUACCUGGCCCUAGUUGAAUGCAAGGCGUGGUUCUGGACUGUAGAAGUCCCUCGAAUGGCUGAAAAUAUGCCCUUCCUUCUGCAUGGAGUCUCCGCUCUUUCGGCGCUGCAUAUAGCCGAAAACCAGUCCAACUAUUCCUCGGCACUCUCACUAAGCCGGAAACAUUUUAUUACCGCGUCCUGUCAGUUUCGGCUGAUGGUGAAUCAAAUCGAUACGGAGAAUUGUGUGGCUAUAUUCGCCUUUGUGCUCAUUGUGAGCAUGAUUCAGUUUAAAUGCUCAUGUGCUCCCAGCCGACUUGGACUGCUCUCGAAUUAUUUUGAUCCCAUGAACGUGAUUGGUGCCCUACGUGGAGCUGCUUACCUCUCCAAAACCCUCGUACCAUUCGUGGACAAACAAAGUUCCUUCUCGACUCUAUUCGUUCAACAGACUGCCCCCAGCAGCGAACAGACGAAACUCGCGGUCAAAGUCAUUACCGAUCAGCUAAAUGAGCUGAGCUCUAUGCCACUAGAUGCAGACAAUAAAGCUGCAGCAACUCACCUUCGAUUCUGGAUUGCUGGCCUGGGAGCCCGCCCAAAGGGGUGGCUUCAGCUUUCUUGGUGGCCAGCCUCUGUGUCUCCUGGGUAUUUGUCAAAGCUGCAGCAAAGCGAUCCAGUGGCAUUACUACUAUAUACGUACUGGUGCCUUGGGCUACACUCAGAAUACAUCGAAUGGUUUUUAAAUGAGUACGCGCAGCAGGCUACUCGUUUUGUCUAUUCAAGGCUAGACUCGCACUAUGCAAACAUGCUUGAUAAGACUCUGCAAGAACUGCAAAUAGUGAUUUAG